AUGGAAAUUGUUCGAUCUCAGAGCCAUCGGAAUAUCUCCCCUAACGAUGCUGACACCCUUCCACUCUAUCGUUCUGCUCCACCGCUCGACGUCAGGCUGGAGGAUUUCGAGUUAUACGCCUUGGAUCGUCUUCGAGUUCUCAAGGGGAUAUCUGAUGGUUUGUCUCGGGGAAAGAAACCAGAAGAAAUGGAUCAAUUAGUACACAAUCUAUGGAAAGCACAUAUGAGGCAUCAACAGGCAUCUGAAGUUGUAAAUAAGGAUAUUAUAUCUCAUUUUGUUUUACGGCUUGUGUAUUGCCGAACUGAGGACUUGAGGAAAUGGUUCCUAUCUAUGGAAACUUCACUAUUUCGCUACCGAUUUCAUCGUGAAAGUGCUGAAGCUCAGAGGGCAAUCAUGGCAGAAUUUGACCUUCCUUACAAGGCUGUUAGCCAUCUGGAAUUUGAGAGUGUGAAGGACAAAUUGGAACAAGUUUCACGGUCCAUUGGCCAGCCUCUACGUGACACUGACACUAUAUUCUACAAGGUACCAUUUGAAGAAGUUCCAGAGCUUGUGGCUGGUCGGAAAGUAUUUAUAAAUCAAGGUUAUGCUUAUGUUGGAAUGAAUCAGGUUGUCUCAUUGGUAGCCACAAUAUUCCGCAGUCAGCUAUCCAAGGCACUCAUACUCACAAACAGAAAAUGGACAUCUACAGUUAGAGAACAAGAAAAAGAUAGAUUGACUCCUAUUGUGGAAGCCCUAUGUUCAAGUUAUCUAGGUCCUGACUAUUCUCAGCCAAGAGAGUAUGCUCAGAUAUCAUUAAAGGACAUUGAUCAAGUUGCCAAGAGCUCAUUCCCAUUGUGCAUGCGUCAUUUAUUUGAAAAGCUGAGAGAGGAUCACCAUUUAAAGCAUGGAGGAAGGAUGCAACUAGGUCUCUUUCUGAAGGGAGUUGGUUUGAGUCUGGAUGAUGCCCUUGCAUUCUGGAGACAUGAAUUCUCUCAAAAGGUUGGCCUGGAGAGGUUUGACAAAGAAUAUGCAUACAGCAUACGGCAUAAUUAUGGAAAGGAAGGGAAAAGAACUGAUUAUAGUCCCUAUUCUUGUCAAAAGAUUAUUUCAUCAACUCCUGGGGUUGGAGAUCAUCAUGGAUGCCCCUAUCGACACUUCAGUGAGGAGAAUCUUAGAGCUGCUCUUAACAGAAUGGGGGUGAAUGGUCGAGAAAUUGAAGACAUAAUGGACAAAGUACGAAAUAGACAUUAUCAGCUGGCUUGCACCUUGACAUUUGAAGCUGUCCAUGGCAAGCAAUGUGAUGCGGGGAUUAACCAUCCAAAUCAAUACUUUAGUGACAGCCAAAAGAUAUUGAAGCCAAAGGUGCAGUCGCAAGAUCCCCCGGGCGCAUCCUGAUUUUCAAGAUCUACUGCUGUCUCUGACCUCAGAGGUGUGAUGAUGAUUUUGGACCCCUCCCUUCAAGGGACAGCGAGCGACGAGCCUUGAAUGACUCGAGGAACUGAUAGAAUUACACAGAAGCAUCUCCAUUCAAAUGUAUAUUUAUUUGCUAUUUGCUAUUCUUACUGUGGAAUGCUUGCUUUUAUGUAUUGAUCUGUUCAGUUAUUAAUCAAGAUGUGUCUAAUACCUGAUAUUGCAACUUA